GUGAUGGAGGGAGAAAAACCGUGGGACAGUACCUACCAAUACCAGUGUAAAAAGAAGAUGUUUGAGGAGCACAAAGAAGAGUUGGGGGAAAGUAGAGCGGUGGCCCUGGCAAACGUGUGGGCUAAUUAUCAUUUCUUAAAUUGUUCCUACCCUCCUGAAGCAUUAGCAGCCAUCAACAGCUGGGGACCUCCACCUAGAGAUGCAAUGUAUGAGGAGAAGAUGAAAGAGUUAAAGGACAGAGAGGCAAUAAUGGCUGGAGAUAAACCUACAAGCCAAAAGAAGAAGCAAAGAAUGCAAAUGCACAUGUGACAGAGUGACCGGUAAAAGAGACUCUCAAGAAUAUCAAGGGUCAGUUCAGAUCUUGAAAGUUUUGGAGUUUUACCUCUAAUAGGUAAUUAUCUAAAAGACCGUUAUCAGAAUUAACUCCAUUAACUCGAGUUUGUUCUUUGGAGGGAGCCUCCAAAAUCCGGACGGAAAGCAGAACACUUGAAUCGAGUCACUUUAAGUCGACGAAAACUGAUAACUUUAUUAUUCAGCGAAGAGAGUGACAUUUUUCUAAUCUUCAUUUUAAUAUUUGACAAGUUGGUGUUUAAGUUGUAUCUAUACUAUUUCUAUUCCACAUAUUAUUUAAUGCUUU